ACUUCCCCUCUCUCUCUCUCUCUCUCUCUCUCUCUCUCUCUCUCUCUCUCUCUCUCUCUCUCUCUCUCUCUCUCUCCAUACUCAGUUCUUGCGAAACUUUUCAAGUGAAGCCACCGUGCCGGAGUUCCUCAAAUCACCGUGAACGCCACUCCUAAAAGUACAAGUAAAGUUGUGAAUCGGAUCCGUUUCUCGAGUUCGAAGUUGAAAGAGAAGAGAUGGCUGGGCAAUCGAACCAUGAACUCUCACUCUUUUCAGCAGAGGAGCUUGAAUUCAUUGCUGAGGAUGAGAUCAUCGACAUCGUUCCUAAUCUCAAAAUGGAUCCUCUCUGCCUAGUUUCUGGAGAUUUUGGUCCGUUUAUACCACAGAUUGUCACUCAAGUUCCGCUUUGGUUGGCUAUUGCUCUCAGGAGGAGAGGCAAGUGCUCCAUUGUCCCUCCCCAAUGGAUGUCUGUUGAGAAGUUGACACAAGUGUUGGAAGAAGAACGAGACUCUCAAGAGAUGUCAGAGCAUUUGCCAUUUCAUUAUGUAGAAAUUUCAAGACUUCUUUUUGACCAUGCACGUGACAACAUUCCUGAUGCAUACAUGGUGAGGUCUUUAAUUGAGGACAUCAGAGAUGUAAGGUUUCAUAAAGUUGAGACUGACUUGGAAGGAUUCAAUGGUUUUACAAUAGCUGUGAAGAUCAAAAAUUUAUCUGCAAUGGAAGUGAAUAUUGUUCGUCCAUUUAUUGGAAGAGCUUUACAAGCAUUUUACAAGCAUGAUACUCCUGAGUUAAUCCCAGACCCAGAGCGAGUUUCUGAAAGACGGCAGCAAGUUGCCCAGAAUGCCCCUAGAAGGCAACUUCGAAGAUAGUUAUGCAUAACUUGUUUGGCUACAUCACUUCUAGAUUGGUAAAUCUGACUGGCUACACAUGUGCAUCUUUUCCUAAGAAGUACUUGAGAGAUAUCUUUGUUGCUGAUUUCCUUGUAAAAUAGGUAGCUUGUGACUUUAGUUGAAUCUGCAGUUUUUCUCUUAUCUGUUGGUUAAGAAUUAUGAAAAGAAAUCACACUUUAUGUAGUUAAUUUUAUGUAUUUAAUUUGUAUACACCAUCCGUGUAAUGCUUUUACGCAUGCUUUAUUACUCAAUGAUACUUUUUAAGAUUAGUUCUUAAAUA